AUGUUGAAUUUUGCUGAAAUAACUAAAACCUGCGCAAAAGGGUUACUGAUUGUGCUCAAUGUUUUUUGUAUCUUGAUAGCACUUACAAGACUCAGUUUCGCGUUGGUAGACAUCAAAGUUUUGAAGAGGUAUGGCGAAGAACAGUCGGGAGAAUGCAUCGCAGGUGAUGUGAUUAUAGUCGUGGCAAGUCUGGUGCUGAUAGGAGUCGCAAUUUUUGGAUGUGUUGGGGCGAUUAAGGGAUGCAUCCAAAUGUUGCACUUGUAUGUAUGCUUCGUUUUAUUAAUAAUCAUCUUGGAGCUCCUCAUCGCUAUCCAUGUAUUAGUCAUGAGAUACGACCUGCAGUUGAGGGUCACCGAAUGGAUAAGAGAAGAUUUCUACAAGAAUGUCACCGUCUCAGAAGUGGAAGAACAUCUCAAGAUUUGGGAUAGGCUACAGACUGCCAAUGAAUGCUGUGGACUGAACAAUCCAAACGACUACAUAGUGUUGCGGCAGCGUAUUCCUAUAUCCUGCUGUGCUAGGGCUUACAGUGCGAACAAUGAGAUUGCACGACAGUUGAUGUACAAAUCCUGUAUUGAAUUUAAAACAUAUUACAAGAAUGGUUGCGAAGAGGAGAUUCUGUGCAUGCUGCAAUCUGACUCCAAUGGUCUCAUCAUGAUAGUUGUUGUCUCAUUUUGGUUUGAGCUUUUGGGCUUGGUUCUAGUGGCCGCUUGCGCGAUAAAUCUUGACGAACAGAAAUCAAAAAUAGACCAGACGGCAACAUCCCAUGGAGUGAUUUCUUUUCUAUUGAUCCUAGGAGUGUGUCUUAUGGUGGCCGCUACAAUUGGGUGUGUAUGCGCUUUAAGAGAACACGUUAAGGUUUUGUAUCUGUAUUCGAGUUGUUAUAUAUUUCUGGUAGUGAUAGAGUUGGUAGUGAUAAUAGGGGGGACAGUACUUAGCGCGUGGGCGAACAACGCCAGUGAUCUGCGCAUGCAGUUCUAUCAGAAUACCACUAUCACGGAAAAAGAAGCUACUGACUAUCAGAAAUUUUGGAAUGAUUUGCAAUCUGAGCACCAAUGUUGUGGCGUUGAUGGUCCCCAAGACUACGCCAUCAUAAAUCAAGAUAUUCCCGCUUCCUGCUGCGCUCGCGCAUAUCCCCUCCGCGAAGGCAACGCCAGGCGUCAUUUGCACUCCACCUGUCUAACCGAGCGCACGUAUUACAUGCGAGGCUGCGAAGAGGUCGUGCGACAAAAGGACGCCUUAAAAUGUGAUAUUAUUAUUGCAGCUGGCAUUGUGUUUACAAUUGUAGAGAUACUGUGUGUGGUGAUAGCCAUAUGGCUGGCCAGAACCAUUCGUUCUGAACGUCGAAAGCUUCAGGCGAACUUGCAGGCGCAUUUUGAAUCAUAA